CGGAAGAUAUCGCGUUGUACAGGAAGACAGGGUCCCCCUCCCGAUAGCCAAUAGCGUUCAGUGCCCAGGUUAUAUAAGGCCGUUUUUCCCGCCAAUAAACGCCAUUUGCCGUCCACCACAUUGGUGUCAGCGAGCCGAUGGACUGAGCAACCUGGGAUUGGUCGCCGUGCCGUUCCCGAACCAGGUCGCCACGCCUACGAUAGGCAACACACAGGGAGAGCAGGGCAUGUGGGACUGGCAUGGAAGCAUGGGGAAAGAGUAAAGUUAAACAAGGGAAAAAGCCUCUGGAUUUUGUUUCCAUUCUGCAGCAUGCUGAUUUAUAUUUGAAGUUUUGUUGGAUUUAAGAUGUUCAUAGAUGCUGUAGCCCACAGUCACCAUGAGGCUGUGACCGUGAUGUCACAGUGGGUGUCAUAGAACGGCCAUUGUGACGUGUGAAGCUUGGAGCAGAGCAAAGGCUGCCAGGCUUAGGCUGAGCGUCAGUGUGGUCUAGUGAGACGCAGAGAGAGCAGGGACUCUUGCAGUGUUCACUAUCAACGCACAAUGAUGUCCAACAGGAAGAGGAAAGCCUCCAGCUUGGAGGAGCCAGGUAAGACCACAGCAUCCCUGAGCACAGAUUCUGCCAACAGCCAGAGGAGUGCUGGGGUGUGCCUGCAGAUGAGGGGCAAGGAAGGAGCAGUUAGGGGAUCCCAGCCACCGUGUAGCAGUCCCUCCACUACUUGGCAAUGGGGUCCAACUUGGGCUGCAGCUGCCCGCUGGAACUUCUGAGGCUUCAUUGGGAACUUUUCCACCACCACCACCACCAGUCCUGCCCCUCAGCCAACAUGGAAAGCACAGAGCAGGACCCUGGGGACAACCCACAGGGAUACCUGGCCCCAAGGUGCUCACUCCUGCUCAUAUUUGCUCUCUUCUUUUCAGCAUGCAUGCUUUGUGGCCAGGCAGAUAAUGACCCAAACAUCUUUGGGCGCACAUUUGGCCAGGGUUGGAUUCGUGCCCAUGAGUUCUGCUUGAUUUUUGCCAACAUCUUCUAUGCAGAAACACUCUCAAGAGAUGGAACUGUGGGCAUCCCCCUUGAUGACAUUACACGCAAGGUCAAGCAGGCAAACCAGAAGCAAUGCUGUGUUUGUGGAGAGAGGGGUGCUGCCAUCAACUGUGCUGAGAGCAGCUGUGGACGAAGCUUCCACCUGCCGUGUGCCAAGGACGGGCAAUGCGUCACCCAGUUCUUUGGGCAGCACAGGUCCUUCUGCUUUGAGCACUGCCCUCGACAGACAGCAGUGACAGCUCCAUCAAAAGGCACCACCUGUGUCAUCUGCCUUGGGCCUGUGGGGGACAGCUUGUCCUACCACACCCUGGUGUGUCCAGCAUGCAAACAUGCCUGGUUCCACCGGGGCUGCAUCCAGCAACAGGCCUUAACUGGCAAUUCAUGCUUCCGGUGCCCUGGAUGUCGAGACAGUCUUCUGUUCUUAGUGGAAAUGUCCAUCAUUGGGAUCCAAAUCCCUGACAGAAAACCAGAACAGGAGGACAAUGAUGCAUAUGCAUCACUUCUACAGAGGCACAGGCGCUGCAAUGCCAUCAGGUGCCGUCACCCUGAAGGCAGAGAUCAGGCAGAUAUAAGGGGGCCCUGGCAGCUGAUCGUGUGCAGCUCCUGUGCUGCUGAAGGCACUCACCGAGAGUGCUCCUACCUGAGCAACACAACAGCUACGUGGGAGUGUGACAGCUGUGCUGGCCUGGGUACGGGUAAGAGGCAGUCAGCCGUGUAGCACUUUGCUGGAGCCAGGCAAGGCCUGGCAGCAAGUGCUCGGGGCAGCUUUGCCAGAGUCUCUCUGCCCCAGGAGGGAUGGCAGCCCGUCCCUACCUGGGGCUACAGGUUCCUCCUGCUGACCUUCCGCCUCCCCUUACAGCCUCCAGCACCAUCUCGGAGC